AAAAAAAUGACAAUACCUUGAAUGUUAUUGUUUUUUAACAUACGUCACUAAUAAUAAUUUCAAGAUGUCUAAGAAAAAAUUUAGAGAUGUGUCUUAUGUUUUGCAGAAACUAAGAAAAUUUUUGCUAGGCAGAGAACAUACUCUUCAUGGUCGCUUUCCGCCUUUAGUAGCACCCCGCACUACACCACCAGCAGAAAUACCGAGAGGACCGGAUACGAAGUAUUCUGAAAACUAUUAUUAUAAAAGAAAUGCCUUUCAUUCUGUUCAACCACCAGUUAUAGCGCCAAUAGCUGAAGGCCCGCCAAUUUUGAAUGAUCCGGUUAAGAAAAUUGAAACUAAGGUUAUUCGUCCUGAUGCCAUUUGCUUCAACUUCGCUCCAACACCUGGUCCUGCGUGGUGGUGGGAUGGUCACUGUUAUUACGAAAGUGUCCCAGACCCACCUAAUCCAAGUAGUGCUCCUCAAGAAAAUGAUCCCUACUGCCCAAAUCCUGAUCAAAAACAAUGAUUCUAUUUUAAACUAGCUGUGCCAGCAACUUCAUCCGCAUGGAAUUUAACAAAAAAAGUUAUUGUUCAUUUCGUAGAAA